AUGACUGCUCCUGCUAGGGGUGGGGAAGGACUGCGAGACCAGGCGCUCAGGCACUGUAAUGGCCCCUGCGUGGAAGUGGUGAACAGCUCAUCUCUAGGUGAGGACUACUUGCAGCAACUGCCAAUGCACCGUGAGCGUUGCACUGUACUGGCUGCAGUUUCUUCUGAGAACUACAACCCCUACGGCCCCCUGGUUCCUGGUCUCUUCUGCUUCCACAGCAGGAUACCUGCCACUGAGGGUAAGAAGCCUCCACGCUUCUGGCCUCCUACUCAGCUUCUCAUCCUGAAAUUCAGCCUGCCCCUGCUCAGGUACAUCUUUGUGCGGGAGAGGGUCACCGUCGUCCACGCCCACAGCUCCUUCUCCGCCAUGGCCCACGACGCCCUCUUCCACGCCAAGACCAUGGGGCUGCGGACGGUGUUCACCGACCACUCCCUCUUCGGGUUUGCCGAUGUCAGCUCGGUGCUCACCAACAAGCUCCUGACGGUGUCCCUCUGCGACACGAACCACAUCAUCUGCGUCUCCUACACGAGUAAGGAAAACACGGUGCUGCGAGCGGCUUUGGACCCGCGGAUAGUCUCCGUCAUCCCCAAUGCAGUCGAUCCCACCGACUUCACUCCGGACCCGACGAGGAGGGAUGACGGUGCAAUAACAAUUGUCGUUGUCAGCAGACUUGUUUACAGAAAAGGUAUAGAUUUGCUUAGUGGUAUAAUUCCUGAGCUCUGUCAGAAAUAUCCAGAGUUACACUUCUUAGUUGGAGGAGAAGGACCAAAACGAAUCGUGCUGGAGGAGGUCCGGGAAAGAUACCAGCUACAUGACAGGGUACGUCUCCUAGGAGCCUUGGAACACCAGGAUGUAAGAAAUGUUCUAGUCCAGGGGCAUAUUUUUCUCAACACUUCCCUCACUGAGGCCUUUUGUAUGGCAAUUGUGGAAGCAGCAAGCUGUGGUUUACAGGUGGUGAGUACAAGAGUUGGCGGGAUUCCUGAGGUACUUCCAGAAAAUCUCAUUAUUUUAUGUGAACCCUCCGUGAAAUCUUUGUGCGAUGGAUUAGAAAAAGCUAUUGCCCAGCUCAGAUCAGGAACACUACCAUCUCCGGAAACUGUUCAUAAUAAAGUAAAGACAUUUUAUACAUGGAGGAAUGUAGCAGAGAGAACGGAGAAAGUAUAUGACAGGGUUGCAGAUGAAGUGGUUUUACCAAUGGAUGAGCGACUUAACAGACUGAUGUCUCACUGUGGCCCAGUGACUGGGUGUAUUUUUGCUUUUUUUGCUGUUCUGAACUUCCUUUUCUUGGCGUUUUUGAGGUGGAUGACUCCAGACUCUAUUAUUGAUGUUGCAAUAGAUGCCACAGGACCUAAAGGUGCAUGGACUAAACGGUAUUUUUUGGGGAAAAAAGGAAGAAUUAAUGAACUUUCAAGCUCCUAUAACUCUCGAAUGGAGAGGAAAGAACACACUGGCCACUAAAGGCUUUAAUGCUUGCUGAUAGAGACAUUACUCUUAAAAUUCUUCAGUUUCUUUCUGAAGUUCAUGGAAAGAAGCUUGGUUAAAUGUGCUACCUCAAUUUAGGAUUAUGUUUUAAUUUAGUCUUGGAUUC